UUUUUCUUUUUUCUUUCUUAGGUUUAAGAAUAGAGAAUUAACCAAGCAACAGGAAACACUCAGGUUCGGACUACAAACUUUCUGACGGAACUCCCAACUCCCAGAGGCCGCCUGUGUCAAAAAUUCAGCUCACCUGCUUCAACCAACGUAUGGGAUCCUAAUUCUCCAUUGCUUGCACUGUUUAUAUAAGUAUAUUGAAUACUCAACUGUUUCUUCCUAACUAUCGUCUUCCUUCAAUUACAUGACCCAUUACGUUAUCUACUCUUGUUACACCCCAUCAAAUUUUCACUAACCCAACCAACUCACAUGCAAUAUAGAUCGACAAUUCCGUUUUGAAUUUUCUUAUUUUAACCCCAAAAAUCGAAACCCAUUUCUCAGAUCCAUCUCUUUUACCCCAUCUCGGAAGAACACAAACACUCUGCAUAUAUCCAUGGAGCUCUGUUUCAUGGACCAUAUCAAAUCUCAACCUCUAUGGUUUCUUUUACUAAUGGGUCUUGGUUCUUUAUCUGUUCUGAAAUGCUCUUUAGUUGUUCUCAUGUGGGUCUAUGUCAAUUUCCUCAGACCUCCCAAGAAUCUCAAGAAAUACGGGUCUUGGGCACUCGUCACCGGAGCAACCGAUGGUAUUGGUAAGAGUUUCGCAUUUCAAUUAGCACGUAAGGGUCUUAAUCUGGUUAUUGUUGGUCGAAACCCAGAUAAGCUCAAAGAGGUUUCGGAGUCUAUCCGAGGUAAAUACGGGCAAACCCAGAUCAAGACUGUGGUGGUUGAUUUCUCUGGUGAUUUAUCAGAAGGGGUUGAGCGAAUUCGCGAAGCGAUUGAUGGGGUAGAAGUAGGAGUUUUGGUCAAUAAUGUUGGAGUUUCGUAUCCGUAUGCGAGGUUUUUUCAUGAAGUGGAUGAGAAAUUGUUGUCGGAUUUGAUUAAAAUCAAUGUUGAAGGGACAACAAAGGUUACUCAGGCAGUUUUGCCUGGGAUGAUCAAGAGGAAGAAAGGUGCAAUUGCUAAUAUUGGUUCGGGUGCUGCCAUUGUGAUCCCUUCUGAUCCUCUUUACGCAGUAUAUGCAGCCUCGAAAGCAUAUGUUGAUCAGUUCUCAAGAUGUCUCUAUGUGGAGUACAAGAAGAGUGGGAUUGAUGUGCAGUGUCAGGUGCCCUUGUAUGUUGCAACAAAGAUGGCAUCAAUUAGGAGGUCCUCCUUCUUCGUACCAUCGACAGAUGGUUAUGCCCGAGCUGCAAUGCGCUGGAUAGGCUAUGAACCACGUUGCACACCCCACUGGCCCCAUUCUCUUCUUUGGGGUUUGGCACACUUGUUGCCUGAGUCUGUUGUUGAUGCUUGGCGACUGCGGUUCUGCCUUGCCAUUCGGAAGAAGGGACAACUCAAAGACUCUAGAAAGAAGGAAUAGACUGCAUUCUUCUUCUUCUUCUUUUGCUUUUCUCUGUAGUUUUUUUUUCUUUCUUUUCUUUAGUUUCCUCAAAUAUGGAUAUGGACUAGGGUUGGCAGUUGAGGAUGAUUUGAUCCAAGACAGUAACUUUUUAGGUCUAUAUGUUUCUAUUUAUGUUGUCUAAGCAUAAUUUAAUAUAUAUACUUUUUAAUCAAAAACUAGUUGGCUGUUUCUAAUAUAUGAUUCAUUCUGUGUCA